GACAUAUGAAUGACAUAAGUCACGAAUGCGCAUACAAAAUUUUCCCUGUGUGAAACUUCAUUUAAUAUUAUAUCGCUCUAAAAUGUCAUGUCAGAAUCCGGGAAAAUGCGAGAAUAAAUUUCAAGGGGGACCGAAAACUAUCAAGUCCAUUUUUGCUCGAAGCAUUUUCGAUUCACGAGGUAAUCCGACAGUAGAGGUCGAUCUUAUUACUGAUCUGGGGUUAUUUAGAGCUGCCGUACCAUCAGGAGCUAGUACAGGCGUCCAUGAAGCUCUGGAACUUAGAGAUAAUAUACCGGCUCAAUAUGUAGGAAAAGGAGUGAAUAAAGCUGUAGAUAAUAUUAAUAACUCUAUCGGACCGGAGUUGAUUAAUCAAAGUUUUGACGUCACACAGCAAGAAGAAAUUGAUGAAUUUAUGAUAAAACUGGAUGGAACUGAAAAUAAAUCUAAUUUUGGUGCAAAUGCUAUCUUAGGUAUUUCACUUGCCGUUUGUAAAGCUGGAGCUGCAAAAAGAGGUCUUCCACUUUAUCGACACAUUGCCGAUUUGGCUGGUAAUAAGACCUUGAUACUGCCUGUACCUGCUUUUAAUGUGAUUAAUGGUGGUUCGCAUGCAGGAAAUAAAUUAGCUAUGCAGGAGUUUAUGAUUCUACCAACUGGAGCAACUACGUUUAAAGAAGCUAUGAAAAUGGGCAGCGAGACAUAUCACACUUUAAAAAAGAUCAUUAAGGAUAAAUAUGGCUUGGACGCUACCGCUGUUGGUGAUGAAGGUGGCUUUGCUCCGAAUAUCACUAAUAACAAAGAUGCUUUGGGAAUUAUUAAUGACGCUAUUGGCAAAGCGGGUUAUACUGGACGCAUCGAUAUUGGUAUGGAUAUUGCGGCUUCGGAGUUUUAUAAAGAUGGACUUUACGAUUUGGAUUUUAAAAAUCCAAAAAGCGACAAAACUAAAUGGAUAAAAGGCGAUAAGUUAAUGGCAAUGUAUCAAGAUUUCAUAAAAAAUUAUCCGGUGGUAUCUAUUGAGGACCCAUUUGAUCAGGACGACUGGGGUGCAUGGACAACAAUGACAAAUUGUACCGAUAUACAAAUUGUUGCAGAUGAUCUAACAGUUACUAAUCCUAAGCGAAUACAGAUGGCUAUUGACAAAAACUCUUCCAACUGUUUGCUAUUAAAAGUGAAUCAAAUCGGGACUGUUACCGAAGCUAUACGAGCCCAUUUAUUAGCGAAACAGAAUGGCUGGGGUACUAUGGUUUCACACAGGUCUGGUGAAACUGAGGAUACCUUUAUAGCAGAUUUGGUGGUCGGAUUGUCAACUGGUCAGAUUAAAACGGGUGCACCCUGCAGGUCAGAACGUUUGGCCAAGUAUAAUCAAAUUCUAAGAAUCGAAGAAGAACUUGGUCCCAAUGUUCGAUUUGCCGGUAAAGCCUUUAGGAAGCCUCUGUAACGUGCAUCUUGAAAUAGUGAAAUGAAAUACGUUUGUAAAUUAUUUGUUUAUUAAAUAAAUAACAUAUUACAAAAAA